UUUUUUUUUAUGGGAAUGAAAGACCAAAAUAAAAUGAUAGAUAUGCAGUCAGAAAUAAAUUUCAAGAUUCCCUCAUGAAAUAUAGUGAGCACAAAUUACUGAAGACUUUUUUUCUUUUUUCAAACAUCGGCGGAACACUACUUUGUUACAUGGAACACUCGAAGGAAGGAUUACACUGUAACACUGAGGGGGAGAAAAUUGGAAAUGAGAAAAAUCCAAUCGCUUUAUUUUUACAAUUAGCCUGCAAGUGAAUUGAUCGGUCACUGUGCGUAUUAACAUCGGCAUUUCCACUCACGACCCCUGAUGAAGGUGUGCAGGUAAUACUUUGAGAGCCCCGUAAGACGCCAUGUCUGAAGAGGCCCUUUCAGAAAGUGACCUGGAGGGUAGCCUUAACAGUGAAGAGGAUUACCAGGAAAAUGAUGAAGAGGACGACAAUGGCGAUACGGAGGAGGGAGACGAGGAGGACGAGGAAGAAGACGAGGAUGGGGAGGAUGAAAACUGUGACGAUGAUGAGGAUCUCAGUUUGGAAAAACCUGCUAGUGCAACCUCAGCUACCUCUGGAGAUCCUUCCUCGGAGUCACGCCCCGGAUCCCAGCCGUCCUCCAGGGCGCCCUCCAGACCAAACUCUCGCUCUCAACCUCCGGGCAGCCCUGGCAAAUCGAGUCAAAGCAAGACACCUUCCAGCAAAUCAAAGAAACAAAAAGCUUCUAAAGUAACCAAAUCUUCCAAGCUUUCAAAACGCUCCAAGCUUACAAAGCCUGCACACAUGAGGAAAAAUAUCAGAAAGCUACUGAAGGAGGACCAGCUUGAGGCUGGAACCAAGGCUGCUCAACAGGAAGAGAUGGAGAGGCGGAAGCGUCUGGAGCAACAGAGGAAAGACUUCCCUACACCUGCUCCAACUUUAUUAGAGUCCCAACUAGUGGGCCCAACAUCCUUUUUUGGAGAGGUCUCUCACUUGGUCCCCGCCCUUCUCGGCAAGCAGGAUGUGAUCUGCUUGGACAGCAGCGGUGAUGAAGAUGAAAGCAUGGAACCAAAACUCCCUGAGCUGGCUAUUAGAGAUGAUAUAAUUGAACUGAGCUCCGGGGACGAAGACACCUUGCAGAUAAGCAGCGAGUCGGGCGAUGAGGACGACGAGAGCCCCGGCGGCACAGAGGAGAGCAGCGGAGCGCACAUCAAUGACGCUCUGAACUUGCCUGAUGCCCAGGGCCGCGUGAUGGUUAAUAUCAACCACCCCGCGGAGGAAAAGGACAUUUAUCUCGCACCGCAGCUGGCCAAGGCUGUCAAACCUCACCAGAUUGGUGGUAUCAGGUUUCUGUAUGAUAACUUGAUUGAGUCGCUGGAGCGUUACAAGAGCAGCAGUGGUUUUGGUUGCAUCCUCGCUCACAGCAUGGGGCUCGGCAAGACAUUGCAGGUCAUUUCCUUCAUUGACAUCCUGCUGCGGAAUACCGAGGCUCACACCGUUUUGACAAUUGUUCCUGUGAACACACUUCAGAACUGGCUGGCAGAGUUCAACCUGUGGCUCCCACCGCAGGAAGCGCUUUCCCCCGACACCGACCCCAAUCUGUUUCUCGGACGUUCAUUCAAAGUUCAAAUUCUAAACGAUGAGCACAAAACUACCAUGGCACGGGCCAAGGUGGUGGAGGACUGGAGCCAAAACGGAGGCGUGUUGCUAAUGGGCUACGAGAUGUACCGCCUUCUCACAAUGAAGAAGAGUUUUGUCACAGGCAAGAAAAGGAAAUCAAAGAAGCCUGUCGGGCCUGUCAUCAUUGAUCUAGAUGAGGAAGAUAGACAACAAGAACUCAUGAAAGGUAUCGAAAGGUCCAUUCUACGACCCGGUCCGGAUGUGGUGAUCUGUGACGAGGGCCAUCGCAUUAAGAACUACCACGCCAGCACGUCACAGGCUCUGAAGAAUAUCCGUUCGAGGCGCAGAGUGGUUCUGACUGGUUAUCCGUUGCAGAACAAUCUCAUUGAAUACUGGUGCAUGGUUGAUUUUGUCAGGCCGGACUUCUUAGGCACGCGGCAGGAGUUCAGCAACAUGUUUGAGCGGCCCAUUCUGAACGGGCAAUGUAUGGACAGUACGCCUCAAGACGUUCGCUUGAUGCGGUACCGUAGCCAUGUGCUGCACAGCCUGCUGGAGGGUUUUGUCCAGAGACGAGGCCACGAUGUUCUGCAGGACCAGCUUCCCAUCAAAAUGGAGCACGUGAUCUUGGUGCGGCUAUCUCCCGUACAGAAAGCACUUUACACCGAGUUUAUGACUCGCUUCAGAGAGGCAGGAAAUAAUGGUUGGCUUGGUCUAAACCCCCUUAAAGCCUUUUGCGUAUGCUGCAAGAUCUGGAAUCACCCAGACGUGCUUUAUGAAGCUGUACAAAAAGAGAAUCAGGCAAACGAGCAAGACCUGGACCUCGACGACAUUGCCGGCGGUCCCAAAGGCAAAGUGUCGGAGUCCGGCAACAGCAAAGCCAGUAACGUUCCGCCGCUGCUCAAUCCCUUGCAGGAUCGAAGCAAUCAAGUCAUCACUUAUGAAUGGGCAAAGGAAAUCAUGUCAAACUACCAGAUAGGACUUCUGGAAAAUUCUGCCAAAAUGGUGCUGCUCUUUCAUUUGAUCGAUGAAAGCGUCAGAAGAGGAGACAAGAUUUUGGUCUUCAGUCAAAGCUUGUCCACCCUAACAGUCAUUGAGGACUUCUUAUCAAAGAGACCCAUUCCAUCACAAGACGCCGCCGAGUCUCAGAACCCCAACUGGGUUCGCAAUGUCAAUUAUUAUCGACUGGAUGGGAGCACUUCUUCCUCUGAACGAGAGCGGCUAAUUAAUCUGUUUAAUGACCCAGAGAAUACUAAAUCGUUCCUCUUCCUGCUGUCUACCAGAGCGGGUUGCCUGGGGGUGAAUCUGAUUGGAGCGAACCGCGUCGUUGUGUUCGACGCCUCCUGGAACCCGUGUCAUGACGCCCAGGCGGUGUGCCGGGUGUACCGGUACGGUCAAAAGAAACCUUGCUACAUUUACCGCCUGGUUUGUGAUUUUACCUUGGAGAAGAAGAUCUACGAUAGACAGGUCUCCAAACAGGGCAUGUCCGACCGCGUCGUGGAUGACCUGAACCCGACGCUGAACUUUACUCGAAAGGAAGUGGAGUCACUGUUGCAUUUUGUUGAGGAGGAACCUGAAGCUAACAAGAUCGAUAUGAGAGAUUUGGAACAAGAGCCGGUCAUUUAUGCAGCCUGUCAGCUUUACCCGCACUUCAUCACUAAACAACCUUUCCAACACGAAUCUCUGUUAGUGGACCGGAAGGAAUCCAAACUGACCAAAGCGGAGAAGAGAGCGGCCAAAAAAAGCUACGAGGAUGAAAAGCGAGCCUCGGUGCCCUACUCUCGUCCUUCCUACGCGCCUUAUUAUCCAAGCAGCAACCACGCGCUCGCCAACUUACCUGCCUUCAGUCAACGCGGCUGGCGUGCUAUGGCCCGGCCUGACGACAAGCCAGUAGCGAGCGUGAGGCCCAUCCAGUCAACCCCGAUCCCCAUGAUGCCUCGCCAAGUUGUCAUGGGCAUGGCGGGAGCGAGCUCUCCUGGCAGUUUACCGGUCAAUUUCCUGCAGAAGGCCGGAGUUUACGUUCAGCGCAUUGUCACCACAACUGACAUCCUCAUCCCGGGAACCAACAGCACAACAGAUGUCCAAGCUCGAAUUCGCGCUGGCGAGAGCAUCCAUGUGAUCAGAGGAUCGAAAGGUACUUACAUAAGGACGAAUGAUGGAAGAAUUUUUGCAGUCAGAUCUGGAAAAAUCAGUCGGCCUUUCGCCGGGGGCGCCACUGUUUCAAGAGAUGGCCAGCGAUCUGUGAUCCAUCCACUCAGUAAUGGCUGCGCAUCCCCCGGGGAGCAACUGCAGCACUCACCUGACAGCGACGUCGACGUGGAGCAGCAGUCCUCGUCCCCCUUGAACGCCGAGCUUCUUCGUGAGCUCAGCCACUACGCGGCAUCCACCAGCGACAGCGCCGGCGGCGCGGGAAACCAACUCUCCGAUGUGUCCGUCGCUGCCACGGGAGAUGGAGGCAGCCUGAUUCCAGAUCUCCGGCCUCCGCUCGACGACGACCUGCUGAGUUCCAGUUUUGAGACGCAAGCGGUGAAACGUAAGCACACUGAAAGUCAAGGCGCCACGGCCAAACGGACUUCGGCCGCAUCGCAUUUUCCCGGAUUGUCCUUGAAUUCCAGUGGGCUCAGUUUUCCACCAGUGAGUCUGAACUCUUCCUCACUGUUGGGGAACCUGGGGCAUAUGACUCACCCUCUUCUGAUGGGUGGAAGCAGUGGGUCCUCAUUCCUUCAGACGCCGGGACAAACACUGGCCGACCUACAGAACAUGUUCCCUUCCGCACCGGGCAACGGACAACUUCCUCCCCUCUCGUCAUCGGCUCUACCCACAGCGCUUUCCCCGUCCUCCAACACCAUUCCAAUACCGUCUGCAUCAUCUUCGGCGACUACUUCCUCACUGCCGUCAGGUUCUCUGCCACCAUAUUUGAUGAGCCCCAAUGUGGCGGGCCUGCUUUCAUCAGGCUUCCCUAUGAACUACAGCCAGUCGUUGCUACCCGAGCCCCGGAUGUUUCCUGGCCCUCUUCUCUCCGGGUCGGCGGGCUUCCCCGCAGCAAACUCGGCUUUGAAUACGUCCGGCUUCCUCUCACAUUACAGCAAUCCAACAUCCAGCCUGUUAGGAGCGGCUCUAACCCAACCUGACAGGUAUCAGAGUGCGGAGAAUGGUGAUAGUUCAGAUGAUGAUGUCAUAGAGGUGACGGGACACUGAAUAUUCACACAGGAGCCGACGGACACAAAGUUUAAUUAUGGUGAGACUGAUCAAAAUGGGAUGUGAUUUGACAAAUUAUAGUCCUGCUAAAAUUGAUCCUUCAGGUUUUAUUUCAAACCACGCAAAAACUCACCGAAGGUCAUAUACUAUUUUGACAGCCCAGAUAUUGAGGGGAAAUAAUAAAAAAAAACAUCCAAAAACUGAAAGAUUUCAGUCUGCCGAAAUGUGUAGCAUCCCCGGUUGAAAAAAUUGUGGUUCCAUGACUCGUCAUGUAGAUAUCUGUAGAUAACAGUUCUUGUCUCAAGUUAAAUUCUGUUCAGUGUGUAGGAAGGUGUGUAAUUACAGCAUAUAUGAAGAUAACCGAUACGUUGGUUUUAUUAUGAUUUUGGGAGGGGGUCACUUUUUUCUCAUCAACACCCAAAUGAAUGUAUCUUAACUUGCCCUAAGUAACACACUCUAGUGUUCUGUCAUACUUAGCCUUAAAUAACACAAAGAGGUCUUGAGUGCUCUGAUUUUUAACUCGGUACUUUUUUUUUUUUUUUUUACUAUUGUGAUAACAAAUGUGAACACGCUCUUGUUUCCUACAACAAGAACCAAUAGCAACAAUUUGCGAAGCCUUGCGGAAAGCAAACAUUUCCAAUCAUGGUAUGCGUGUAUUCCAUGUCAAGGUCUCCAUCAGAACAUUCACACUCGGUGGUCAGGUGGCGCUGUGGGCUUCGCCAGCUAACCGGUUGCAAUGGCUUCCUGUGUAAGUAGUUCCUGUUAGUGGUGUGUUAGGUCUCUUCUGCUCUCGAGCCAUGUGUCUUUUUUUAUGUUGUGAUGACACUGCACUGGUGUUUAGAUUUAGGAAUCUGUUUGCAAAACAGGCUGACAUGGUGGUUUUAUUAGCCUUUAGAAAAGAUGGGAGAGCAUGGGACUAUAAAACAAACUGUAAAGAUAGUUUUACAGUAGAUUGAUUGUGGGGGGUGGGGGGGGGGGUUCAAUAUUUUUUUUUUCUCAGCCAGUCUUGGAAUCUUGUAAAGUGGCUCUGAAAGGUGGAUAAUGGAAAAGAUGCAAAUCCCAUGUCUAUAUUUGUACUCUUGAAGUUGGCUAUCAUUGCUUUAUGUUUAAAUCUGUUGUUUCAUGUGUAGUAAUAUCCUCAUGGAUUGGAUAUUUAAUUUUUUUUUACUUUUUAUAAUUUCAUCAUGUACUCCUAAUAGUAGCUUCCCUCAUUUCAGUGUCUGAAAUGUAUUUUUUUUUAGUCACCUUUAUGUUCUUUUAGGUGGCUGAUCCAUGCCACACAGACAAAAGCAGAAAAUGGCUGUUAUCAAUGUUAUUUUAAAAUUAAAACACUCUAUUGUGCGAAUAAA